AUGCGCUUAAAGAGCAAUAACGUAUGCUGCGCUUUUGCGUGGUCGCCGGCGAAGCUGGAGACACAUGCCAUGAUCGCCACCGCGUCGUAUAUCGGCUCGAUGAACGACGAUUUCGACAAUGAAGCCUAUCUUGAGAUCCGUCUUGUGGACGUCACCCAGACCGACGAGACCGAAAUGCCCGUGAUCGGCUCUGUGGCCCUCUCCGGUAUGGCCUACAAGCUCGACUGGUCCCCGCACACCGGCGAGCAGGGCAUCAUCGCCGUGAGCUGCAGCAAUAACAAGGUUUAUAUCUACUCCGCCGCCGCGAUUUUGCGCUCCGGGGCGAAGCGGAAUGAACCACAAUUGCAGGGCCAAUCCCGAGCCCCCUCGCCAGGGUUGCUGUGGACCAUCCACGAGCACCACAGCCCGGUCCGCUGCUGCCAGUUCAACAUGUCUGAGCCGCAGUUUUUGGCAACCGGGGAUGACAGCGGGCAAUGGUUGUUGUGGUGCUGCCCGGACGCGGCCUCCGGGGCAGGUGGGGGCCUCACUGCCCCGAAGAAUGUGCAAGUGAUCAAAAAUGCCGCGCACAGCACGUCCGUGGUGGAUAUCCAAUGGCAUCCGAGGUAUGCCCACAUCAUCGCUACCGCCUCCGCGAGCGGGCAGGUCAAUGUGUGGAACCUGAAGAAUGUUUCGCUUGUGACCUCGUUGAAUGUGUCAAAGGUCUCGCGCGGGGCGGGGGUGACUUGCAUCGCGUGGAAUCCGACCGCGGCCACGCAGCUCGCCGUCGGCCUUGACGAGAACCACCCUGUGGUGCAGAUGUGGGAACUGAAGAGGUCCGUGGCGCCAAUUCACGAGAUGGUGGGCCACACCAGCAAAAUCUCAGGGAUUUCGUGGAAUGCGCAAGACACAUCGAUGCUCACCUCCUGCGGCUGUGAUGGGCUGACGAUAUGGUGGGAUACAGGGAGUGGGCAGAAACUCGGACAGCUCACACCGGAGACUAAUUACAUGAUCGACGUGAAGUGGUGUCCGGUGCUGCCCCAGGUGCUCGCGACCUCCUCUUUUGAACCCCUUCUUUGCGUCUCCACGGCGCAGGAUAUGUCGGCCUUUAAGGGGCCUGCCGACGGCUCGGUGGCCGUCCCGCCGAAGUGGAUGCUGCGUCCCUGUGGGGCCUCGAUCAAUCUUGCCCUGGAUGUGGUAUCCCUCGCCCCGCGGACGACAAACUCGCUGUGCGUGACGCACGUGCGAAACCGCUCAUUUGCCGCCUCCACCAACCAAAAAGAGAAACAGGAGCUCGCGCAGUGCCCUCCAGGCAGCCCUGAGCGGGUAAAGUGGCUUCAACAGCACCACCACCACCUCCUCGCUGCCGUCUCGAAGUCCAUCACAGAUCGACAACCCAUCCUUGAAUAUCUCAGCCAGGCCGCGAAGAAGGACAACAACUUAAAGCGAAACCCUAAUUCACACGACGAGGACGACCCAUUCGCGCAAAUCACGCAGGAAAAUCAGAAGAGCUACGAGGAUCGCGCCUCUGAGCAUGUGGCGAUGGGUCAAAUAGAAGAAGCGGUCGAUGUCUGUAUAGAAAAUGGCCACUACGCGGACGCCUUCACCCUUGCCUUUUUGCGUGGAGGUAGCCUCAUCGCGAAAGUUCACCAGAGUUACGUCAAGUACACUAUAGCGCAACAGACGGCGCGGCGACACGUCCUUCUGGCCGGCGCCGUCGCUUCAGGCGAUUUCAGUUCCCUGCUGAGCGGCAACAUCGAGAUGUCAUGGCAGGAAGCACUAUCCACUAUUAUUGCCUACAUUGGUGAGGGUUUCGCCGACGCCUGCAACCGCCUCGGGGAUGUGUUAAAGAAAAAUACAAACUACGAGGGUGCCUAUGCGUGCUAUGUGUGCGGCCGCAACGUUGAUGCGAUCAUCGAGCUAUGGCGGCUUCAGGGCAUACCGCCAUCCCAAGUCGUUCAAAAUACAAUUCUGCUUGAGGAAACGACGCAACGCGGUGCACUCUCUCCGUACUUUGCAGAGUGUCUCUUCCACCGCGGUGUGGCGUUAAUAAAGGACGGGCAGGUCAACGAAGCCGCCGAGUACCUGCAGCGGGCGACAAACAUUGGGAACGAAAACGCCGCUCUCCUUGUGGACCGUCUGAAGUAUCUGAUUCCUCUGCAGCAAUCCGACAAGAGUGUACCGUACCAUUUAGAACCCAUUCCCGAUCAGCCCACCGAGGCGUGUCGGCAGUACUUCGCCUCUUUACAGGGGAACAGCCUGGCAGCUUCUCAGCAACAACAGCAACAGCAGUCCCAAAGGCCUGUCAACACUCCUGGGCCUAGGCCCCAGGCCUUUGAGCCCCCUUCUCAGCAACAGCGGCCUCAGUUGCCAAUGGCGGCUGCAACAGUACCUGGGCCGCAGUACACAGGACAAUGGACGAACCCCAACCCGUCGGCCCCUCCCCCUCCUCCGUUACAACCACCGCAACAGGUUCAACAGCACCAACAGCAUCAUCAGCAUCAGCAACAGCAUCAUCAGCAACUGCAACAAGAACAACAGCCAUUGUCCCAGGCCCCGAUCCCCGGGGCUUGGCCUGCCGCGGCACCGUCCUCUGUGCCACAAACCACGUCGCCCUUCCUGCCCCCCCCGCAGCCGCACGGCGCGCCCCAGCCGACGAGUAACGCCUACCCCCCCUUGCGGCACCUCAAUAGCAGUGGCUCUGGUCUCGUAAUGAGCGUCGCUGAGCCCUCCCCAGGGUUUCCGCUCGGUCGGGGGGGGCCCUCGGCCGCACCACCGGGCAUGCCGCCCCCACUUCCCCCUCAGGGGAUGCCUUACAACGCGGGUAAGCCCCAUACAGCUAUGAUGGCCGCACCCUCUUCGCAAGCAUCAUCUCACACGAUGCCACCGGCAGGUGGCUCGAGUACUUUCCUCAACACCAGGCCUCAAGCACCUUUUAUCCAGGCCACCUCAUCCGGGGAACGAGUAUCUGCUCCACCACCGGGUCCAGGUUCACUCCCGCCCUACCCACAGCAGCAUUCAAGACCCUCUGCAUCCCUGCCUCUGCCUACCACAACAAUCACAAAUGCUUCUGCUGGAUCGAUUUUGGAGAUAAAUGUCGGUGUACUUAUGAAUCCUACACAUCAAAAACUUGUUGGACACCUGCAGAAGCAGAUUCCCCAUAUCGCGGACCCACGGCGGCGCGCUUCUAUUGACCACGCGGCUAUGCAAUUAUUCAGUCAACUCCAGGCAAACUUACUUUCUGAUGACUUGGUACAAAAGCUGUUAAAUUACGUUGAGUUGGCGGGCACACACAAAGCAUCUAUCCUUUGGCGUGAAAUAUCAGACUCCUACUUUAAACUCAUUCAACCCUUUUUUAACCUACGCUUUUUGUAG